ACUUACUGCGUUCUUCUCGCCAAGAAAAGUUCUUUAUGAAUGGCCUAAUGGCCUUCUCCGCCAUCGCCAGACAGCUUCAGAGAAUAAAUAUCCGUCUUUCUUCUUCCCCACUUCCAAUUUCCUUCUCAAAAUCACCGAUUUCAUUUCAAUUUUACUCGGCAUCUCAUCGGAUAUGCUUCACAUAUCCUCCUUCCCUUCGUCAAACCAUCACCUUCUCCACCUUUCGGACUUCAAACGACUCGACUAUUCAUGUAGCAUUCGAUUUCAAUACACAAUUAGAUCUUCCACUGGAAAAUUAUCAAUUGAAUGUCCGAAAGUUAGUCGAUGCAAUAAAAAACGCCGCCGAUUCAUUCUCCUCAGAAGAGGAAACAUCAUCCUUUCUUGACGAAACAUGUUUGGAACCUAACGAAGGUUUAAUUUAUUCGUUGAUUUGUGCAUUGAAAGAUGACUGGAAGCUAACUUACUGGAUUUUCAUGUGGGGUAAGAAAAAGGGUUUUGCUGGAGAGAAGAUUGGAGCUCUGAUGGUUUGGAUUCUUGGCACAAAUAAGAAAUUCAAUACUGCUUGGUGUUUAAUUCGAGAUUUGCAUUCAUCUUCUGUUGAUACUCACCCGGCAAUGCAUGCCAUGAUUGAUAGAUAUGCUGCGUCAAAUGACCCAAAUGGAGCUAUACAGGCUUUCAAUUUCAUGGAGAAAUUUAAAUUGUCACCGGACAUGGAAUCCUUACAAGCAUUACUGAUAACCCUCUGCAAACAUGGAAACAUAGAAGAAGCCGAAGAAUUCAUGUUUCUAAAUAAGAAGCUAUUUCCCUUAGAAACUAAAAGCUUCAAUAUUAUACUUAACGGUUGGUGCAACAUAUCGGUUGAUGUAUACGAAGCCAAGCGAAUAUGGAGAGAAAUGUCCAAAUCUUGCAUCUUACCAAACGGGGAUUCUUACCAACACAUGAUCUCUUGCUUCUCAAAAGUCGGAAAUCUCUUUGACUCGCUCAGACUCUACGAUGAAAUGAGGAAAAGAGGCUUUAUCCCGAACCUAAAUGUAUACAACUCAUUGAUACACGUUCUCACUCGCGAGAAUUGCCUUAACGAUGCCCUUAAGCUUUUGGACAAAAUGAAAGAAACCGGAUUACAACCUGAUUCCAUCACUCUCAACGCUUUCAUAUGUCCACUUUGUGAAUUAUCGAAAAUGGAAGAUGCUAAAAACGUGUUAGCCAGAAUGAAAACCGAGAAUGUGGCUCCGACGGUCUCAACCUAUCACGCUUUCCUAAAGGAAGCAAACGUGGAAGGAACUCUUGAAAUUCUUAACUGUAUGGUGAAAUCAAGCCUCAGACCGAACAGGGAAACAUUUCUAUUGAUAUUCAAGAAAUUCUUCGAGAUGAAACAGGCUGCUGAUGCGUUGAAGAUCUGGGUUGAGAUGAAGCAAUACAAUGUUUCACCUGAUUCUGCUCAUUACAAUAUUGUAGUGGGAGGACUUGUAAAUUCAGGGUUUAAAAUGAAAGCGAAAGAAUUAUACGCGGAGAUGAAGUAUAACGAGUUUGUGCUGGAUCCAAAGGUGAUGAAGCUGUUGAAUGAGCCGGUUCGAACUGAAUCAAGCCAGAAACGUCGAGAGCCUGUGAGAAAUGUUUGUAGAGACAAUAUAGAAGUAUACGAUAAAAGAAAGGCGAUGGAAAGAAAGAAGAAAUUUGACGGGCAGUCUACUACCCAUAAGGGUAUCUUGAGUAUUUUUGACAGAAUUUGAACACUUAAUGUGAUAUGUUCAUCAACAGCAGAAAGAAUCAAUCUUGGACAUCAUUGACAAAAUUGGCAACAGGUGAUUUUGUUUUCAGAAAACAUUAGUCUUGUAUCAUGUUUAAUUUAACUAGGAGAUAUAAUUGUGCAUGUUCUUCAUUAUUUGGAGUUACACUCUUUUGAGAUUUUUCAAUAUUAGGCUCUAUUUAGC